AUGGAAUCUCCUAAAAAGGGUCCAAAUGGAGAGGAAGGGCCACCAGUUACAACAAAUACAGUGUUUUCGCAACAACGUAUUGUUGCUUGGCGUCCUCUUUUCACUCCUUUUUGCACGACUUUUAUUCUCUUCCUUUUAGGAGGUAUAUUGAUAAUCAUUGGAGUAUUGUUAUACGUUUAUUUAGCACAUCUUCCAUUCUAUGAUAUUAGAUAUGACAAUAUUUGUGGAAAUGAUAACGAAUGCGGAAUCACAUUCACAAUUAACGAGGAAAUUAAAGGCAAUAUAUACAUGCAUUACAAACUUACAAACUUCCACCAAAACCAUAGAAGAUAUAUCUUUUCAAAAAGUGAUAAUCAAUUACGUGGUGAAUACGUCAAAUAUGAAAGUAUGACUGAAUGUGGCGAUUUCAGAUCCGUCAAUGAAUCCAAAGAACCAGCCGAUCUCCUUCUUCCUUCAGGCGCCGUUGCUUUAUCAUUGUUCAAUGAUACGUUUGCAUGGAAGAAUACUUCGAUUGCUAAUUUUAGUGAAGCUGGUAUUUCUUGGCGUUCAGAUAGAGAUAAAUUAUUCAAAAGAUUAAGUUCGAAUUAUACCGAAGGAAUUAAGUGGCUUAUCGAGGAUAAUGAAACAUUUCCUAACGACCAAAGAAAUGAACACUUCAUAGUAUGGAUGCGAGCUGCUGCUUUACCAGUUUUUUAUAAAGUUUAUUCAAGAUGUAUCAACUGCUACCUCCCUGCUGGCGAAUAUUCAAUAGCCAUUCAAAAUAAUUACCCAGUUUCUCUUUUCAAUGGAGAAAAACAUAUCGUUAUUUCCAAAGUUACUAAUUUCGGCGGAAAGAACUCGUUCAUCGGGUUAACUUACAUUAUUGUAGGUGCAGUUAUACUUUUGUUUGGAUUCAUUGUACUUAUUUCCCAAAUAUUCUUCCCAAGAGAGUUGGGAGAUACUUCAAUCCUCAAGAAGCUUUAA